UUGAAAACUUGAUCUUUGGAAUGCCCAUAAACUCGUGCUCUUUAUUUAAUUAAAUAUAAUCAAGGCGAGCUGCAGUAUUGCUAGAUUAACACGAAUGUUUUCCGCAUUUCGCCAUUUGUCGCAGGUUGCUCAAAUCUCACAGUUUGGCUCAAUUUACGUUGCUUAUGUUGGUUCAAGCUUCAUGCCUCGCUCUUGCUCAGGACGGCCAAUAAACAUGAUCUCUCUAAUGGAUCUGUACACAAAGCUCCUCUGUUUUUGACUACGACUUGGAUGCUAUAUCUGGCAUCUGCAUCCCACUUAGCACCUUUUAUUAGUGCCAAUUAAGAGUGAUUUCACGAUGCGUUCCGCGCUAUUUCUGACGAGAUUACAGCCCCAGACUGCCCCGAACUGGAUAAUCAACCGCACAGAAUUUGUGGCGCGGGGCUGACAUUCAAUCCGAGAAUCCGAGAAGCUCGACAGUCUGGCCGUCUGCGCUUGUAAGUCUCAAGGCGUCCGAGUAUCUCGAUUGCGGUUAGUUAAGCGCGCCACCUCAAAGUGCUCGGUUCUGGGAAUGGCGAACCUAGAGAUUUCCACUAAGUCGGAAAAGUCGGAAAAGCCGGCGGAGCAGUGGGGCAACGGGCUGGAGUUCCUGUUCUCCUGCAUUUCCCUAUCCGUGGGCUUGGGGAAUAUCUGGCGUUUCCCAUACAUUGCCUUUCAAAACGGCGGCGGAACCUUUGUGAUUCCGUAUCUGAUUGCCCUUUUGGUAAUUGGACGGCCCGUGUACUAUCUGGAGAUUUCCCUGGGCCAGUUCACGGGUCGCGGCGUGGUCAAGGCCUUCGAUAUGGCGCCCCUGCUCAAGGGCGUGGCGGUGGGCCAGGUCCUGGCCACGGCCGCCUCCAUUACGUACUACUCCAGCAUUAUGGCCCUGACGCUGAGGUUUCUGGUGGCAUCCUUUGGCUCCGAGUUGCCGUGGAGCCGCUGCUGGGAGAGCUGGGGCAGCGAUUGCCACGACGGCAGUGCCCAGAAUAGCAGCGGAAAAAUGUCACCGGCCCAGCUGUACUUUGAACGCGAGAUCCUCCACGAGGUGCCCAAUAUAGACAACGGCCUGGGUCUGCCCAACUGGCAGUUGGUCGCCUGUCUGGCAGUGGCCUGGCUGAUCAUAGGUCUAGUCCUCAUCCGCGGCAUCAAGAGCAGUGGCAAGGCGGCCUAUUUUUUGGGAGUGUUUCCCUACGUGGUGCUGCUCAUCCUGCUGCUGAGAGCCGUCACCCUGCCAGGAGCCCUCGAUGGCAUCAUAUACUUCUUCAAGCCCCAGUGGCGGGAGCUGCUGAACCCACUCGUCUGGUAUGCAGCCGUCACCCAGGUCUUCUUCUCCCUGGCCAUCUGCUUUGGCACUCUGAUCACCUAUGCCAGCUACAACAACUUCAAUCGCAAUGUCUACAAUGACAUUGUCAUAAUCACCACCAUGGACUCCUGUUCCUCCAUAAUCGCCGGCUGCAUUACCUUUGGGAUCCUGGGCAAUCUGGCCCGCGAGACCGGAAACUCGGAUAUUGGCAGCGUGGUGAAGGGCGGCGCCGGCUUGGCCUUCAUCUCGUACCCGGAGGCCAUAGCCAAGUUCGAGUAUGUGCCACAGAUGUUCGCGGUCCUUUUCUUCCUCAUGCUCUUCGUCCUAGGCAUUGGCAGCACCGUGGGCAUGGGAUCCUGCAUCCUGCGCGUCAUCCGGGAUCACUUUGGACCACGCUCGCCGUCCAUUUGGAAACUGGCCAGCGGACUGGCCUUUCUGGGCUUCUCCGUGAGCACUGUUUACAUGACCCCGGGCGGUCAGUUUAUCCUGAACCUAGUGGACUUCUAUGGCGUGUCCUUCACCGCCUUGAUCCUGGCCAUCGGCGAGCUGGUGGCUGUUGCCUGGAUUUACGGAGUCAAUCGCUUUUGCGAGGACAUCAAGUUCAUGAUGGGCAUUGAGACCGGUUGGUAUUGGCGUCUGUGCUGGAGAUUUAUCACUCCUGGUUUGAUGACCGCCGUGCUCAUCUACAUGCUGUUGGACAUGUCCGCUCUGCAGUACAAGGGCGUGGGUUAUCCCACCCUGGCUCACGUUUUCGGUUGUUUUUUGGCCGCCUUGGGCCUGAUUCAGCUGCCCGGCUGGGCCCUCUAUGCCAUCUAUAAAAAGCGUCGCCAGGCUGGCAGCUUGAGGCAGAGAGUACGUGCCGCCUGUAAGCCAUCGGAUACUUGGGGACCGGCCAACGCUCAGCUGGAUGCCAGCAUCUAGAAAAUUAGCUCAGUACCCCAAACACUGCGUCUACCUAAUGGCCCCCGAAGUCUGGGGCAUUAUUAUUUGAUAUGGUCUAGAUGAGAAUGGGUGGCGUAAAGUGAAAUAUAUAUUAAGCUCGUGGAGCCCAAAAAACAAAA